GUCUCGCAUCUCGUAAACUCGUCUGUCGUAACGUUCCUCUAUUUUAUUAUUUUAUUUAAAAUAACCAGUAACUAUAAGUAUUAAUAUUUAAAAAUAACAUUCCUCAAUAAUUAUAUAACAAUUCAUUUAUUUAAUAAUAAUAAUAAUAAACUUCAUAUUUAUAUUAAACAAUAAACAGCCGGGGCGUAUCCCGAAUUUCUUAAUCGAUUUUCGAUCCCAAUUAUUUUAAAGAUUUUUUCUUAUAUAUAAUUAAAAUAUUAUCUUACAAGUUUUAAAUUUACGCUUCAUUCAAAUCAAAAGUGUGGUAAAAAAAUUAACACUCGUGAAAGAGGUAAAAUAAUAAAAAGUGAGUGAAAAAAAAUUUAAACAAAGGGUUGAGCAAUAAUUCAAUAAAAUGCAUAUAAUUAAAUUUAUUAAUAAUGAUAAUGAUAAUAAUGAAAUAAAAAAUAAGUGAGUGGGUUACAUGGUCGUAAGUUGUAGCGACAAGUCGUUAAAAAAUAUAUAAACUUGUAUAGAUAAAUAAAAUAUAUUAAAUUACGUAGCCAAUGUGUGACUCAGCAGACUCUUAUGUGCAAAAGCUCAAUUAUCUCCAUCUGAAUGACGAUGGAGACCGAGUUCCUGCCGGCGGAGGAGCUAUUGGAGUACCUGGACAUAUUGGGGGCUCUAAGCCCGAAGCUCAAGUCCCGGUGUCUGGUGAUCAGGUGAAGCAUCAUCACUAUUUGCAGCAGCACUACCAGCAGCAGCAGCAACAACUCCAUCAUCAGCAGCAGUACCAGCAGUAUUCGAGGUCCAACAGAUCGCUGAGUGCGAUUGAUAAUUACAUUGAUGAGCACACGCAGUCUUACGAACGCGAUGGGAGAUACCCGGGGUCCAAGUCAGUAGACGAGGACAGGAACCCAGUGUAUGAGAACAUCGAGUACUAUCCUGGACCAACCCAUCCUCCGUACUAUCAUUCCUUGGAGAAGAAAAGUCCGAAAGGAAGUCCGAGGACUUCGUUGGCUGGCGACUGCUACCUGGAGGCUUCAUUCAGAAAAGCUCAGCCCCAGGUACCCACGGGUAACAAAUACACGAUAUCGCCGGCUAAGGAACUGCCCCCUUACGAAGCGCCACCGGUUUAUGAAAACAUACAGGAAAUAAAUUAUCAUGAUGACGGACAAAAUAAACCAGGACCCCAGGUUCCUAAUUUUUACCCGGCUAGUAUUAACGGCGGGGAUUACGUCGUAAUGACUGGCAAAGUACAACGUCAGACGCGUGCGCCGUCUUACGAAGUGUCCUCUCUGAAUCCGCGGUACUCAACAUCAUCGUCUUCAUCUGGCGACUUGCAGGCGAGAGGAAGUGCGUACGUCCCACCCUCGGAGCUGCAACCGCAACCUCAGCAGCAGCUUCAGCAGCCACAAAACUCACGUAUGAAUCCGUACAAUGAUUCAUCGCCGCGUCAUGCUGAGACUCAUUACACGCGUAUGAGUAAUGAGCAUAUAGGAGGAGGAAGUGGGGUAGGAUCUGGAGUAGGAGCUGCAGGAUCUUACAGGUCGUUGAGCCAAGUUACUGAUCCAGGACAAUAUCGUAGUGAGAAUGGACAGUUUAAGUAUCCUAGUGAACCCAGACACUCACCUGUUUACGGGACGAGAUCCACGGACGCGCGUCAGUCAGGUUACACUCCAGCAAACCCACGUAAUAUCAUGCCGACGACUUGGAAUACUGGUGAGAGGUACAAUAGUUCGCCUAGUCGCGAGUAUCCAUCGCGGACGCCAGUUUAUUCACCGAAUCGCUCAAUAGAUAAGACAAAUGAAGGACAUGAGUCACCGUCGUCUAAUCGCAGCUCGCCCUUGUACGCGAUUCCUCAUGCUGGACGUGACCAGGCGAGAACAAGAGACCCAGUUGUUGGACCAGCCUCCAGCCAACCUGGACAAGCUACUAGUGGUUCUAUUGUGAGCUCUGGUCCAGGUUUGAAGCACCCGAGUAGUCCAGUUCAUCCUCCCCCAAGUCCCAAAGGACUUCAGGCUUCACAUCAACCAGUUUCGCUUCCCCCAAGUGCUCCAGUGACAUCCAGACCUGCUGCUCAUUACCCGCCUAGUCCAGUGCGUGGCCAAGUCCAGCCUCCAGUCACCAGCGCUACUGUUCCAAUCGAUGAUUUGGCAUCAGCUGUACCUCGCAUCACAAGUUUGCCUCCUGGAGUCACCAGUGGAGUCGCCGGACCGGUUUUCCUCAACGCAGGAGUUCCCGUUCUCCAAAAGCCACCCGCUGAGUUGAACACACCGGCAAUUGACAAGCGUCCAGUACCUUCUCCGAGCCCAACAACCAAAACCAUUCAAGGAAAGGGUUUGCUGCCGUACAGCGUCACUCCUGCGAGACCUUCGGGACCCACUGAAGCCGAGAGAAAAAUAGAGGAACUCACGCGGCAGCUAGAAGAGGAAAUGGAGAAGCAGGAAGAGGAGGGAGAGUACUUCGGAAUCUGUCAUACCUGCGGAGAAAAAGUUACUGGCGCCGGACAGGCUUGUCAAGCCAUGGGAAAUCUUUACCAUACCAAUUGUUUCAUUUGUUGCUCCUGUGGAAGAGCUUUAAGAGGCAAAGCUUUUUAUAACGUCCACGGAAAAGUGUACUGUGAAGAAGAUUACUUGUACUCGGGAUUCCAACAAACGGCCGAGAAAUGCGCGAUCUGCGGUCACUUGAUAAUGGAAAUGAUAUUACAAGCAAUGGGCAAGUCCUACCACCCAGGAUGCUUCAGAUGCUGCGUCUGCAACGAAUGCCUCGACGGCGUUCCCUUCACCGUCGACGUUGACAACAAAAUAUACUGCGUCAAUGAUUAUCACCGGAUGUUCGCACCCAAGUGCGCGUCCUGUGGCAAAGGGAUAACUCCUGUCGAAGGAACGGAAGAAACGGUACGAGUGGUGUCCAUGGAUCGAGAUUUUCAUGUCGAUUGCUACAUAUGCGAAGACUGUGGCAUGCAAUUGACCGAUGAACCGGACAAACGCUGUUAUCCAUUAGACGGACGGCUAAUGUGCCGAGCGUGUCAUAUCGAACGUAUAUCACUCACUCAACCACGUGCUCCGCAACCUGUUUCUGCAAGUUAUCAAUAUAUGGGUUAAAAACAAAUACACUUUAGUUUCUUUAAAUAUUUAGUUACACUACUUACGAUAAUUAAUUAUUAAUUACUCAGAUAAUUAAUGGUAAGAACAAAACUCAAAGAGCAAUUUUUUUUUUCUACAUUAAUGUUAAAUAUUUAUUUUAAAUUUAUUUAUUGAUUUGCUGUUUAUUUUUUUUAUCUAUCGAGAGCUUGUUGCGGAGACAGCUGUGAUAUAUUUUUUUUUAUUAAUUGUUUAGCAUAAUUAAUUAAUUAAUUUUGUUUUUAUAAAAUAACUAAUUUGUAGGGCCGAAAAAUUUGCUCUAUUAUUUUUUUUUUUUAAGGAAGAAAUUUUUCGAAGUCUUUUUAGUUGGCCAGGUCCCAGACCUGAAAACAAUUCAAAUUGAUAAAAACUUGUCUUUAUAAUUAUGAAAAUUUUAUGUGAAAAAAAAGUUAAUGACCUUACUAAUUAGUUAAUUAAUAAAUUUAAAGUAAAAUAUUUGAUAUCUUUAUGCAAAUAUGAUAAUUGCAAUAACUGAAAUUAAGAACAAAUGACAUAAUUAUUAGCACCAUUAAUGACAUUAUUUAUAAUUGUGUACAAACACGAUAUACCAUUAACUAGUUAAAUACUUAAAUAUAUAAUUAGUAAU